AUGCCUCCCGUACUCACAGCCUUCACAUCCCCUCAAGGCCCCUUGCUCUCUCUUCGGCGAGAAGUAUACCGACUGACCGGUUUUCAGAAGGGCUACAACUUCCUUCUAUGGUGUAUCUUCGCCGUUGGCAGCUUGAUUUUUUCUCUCAGCCGCGUGGGGUUUCUUGACUAUUUUGGGGUCUUCUGCAGGAGGAACCACCUCUCCAGGGGCCAUCAUGCUGCACCCGGCGAGUGCUAUUACUUCUUGAACGGCGGCCAGGAGCAGAUUGGCAUGAUGCUACACUUGUACAGCAUCAUACCGUGCUGUAUCCUGUUAUUCUUUCAGUUCAUACCCGUCUUCCGUCAGAGAUGGGUCCUCUUCCACCGCAUCAAUGGGCACGCGGUCAUCUUGCUCAUGGGAGUUGCUAUUGUCGGCGCCCUGAUGGCUCUCCCGGGCUCGUUUGGAGGUGACGCGGGUUGGCAGGCCAUGGUGUUAAUCCACAGCACUAUGAUCAUCACAGGCCUGACCCUGGCCAUGGCGAAUAUCAGGAGUCUGCAGAUCGAGCAGCACCGGGCGUGGAUGCUGAGGACCUGGAUCUGGGCAUUUUGCACCAUCACUAUGCGUGCCAUCCAGCAGAUCGCCGCCCGUGUGCUUAGCAAGCAGGGCCAUGUCGCCCUGCGGCCCUGCGCCCAGAUCAUGAGCGACGGCGUCCUGCCUGCUGCCGUCAUUGAGCAGAAGUGGCCCGGCUGCGCGGCGUUCUUCUCUGGGGAGAGCCUGGACCAGACGGUCCUUGUCUCCGCGGACUAUUAUGGUCUCCCGAUCGAGAUCAACGUCGCUUUGUCGAUUGCCUCGGGCCUCUCGGGCUUCCUGGCGCUGCUAGUUCAUGUCAUCGGUGCCGAGAUAUAUCUCCAUCUGACCCCAGCCGAGUCCGAGCGCCUCCGCCAUAUCUCGUACCACAAGCAGGUGGCUGCCGGGCUGAGGUAUCCAGGACGUGCUGGUCUGACUGCUGACCGGUUCGGAGACGCUGCACUGUGGUGUCCCCAUGUUGAGGAGAAAGGGCAUGUCGACGACGACAGUCUAUCCAUUAGGUCUACGGAUCCUCCUCGAAAAUAA